GUUCACUCAGUCAUUUAAGCUAAGCGUUUCUGGAAAGACCUUCUUUUAAUCCAAAUAGUCAAUUAUUGAAAACGACAUGACAGAAUUGAGACAAAGACAAACAGAAUCAAACAAAAAAUUCAAUGUUGACGAAAGAGAUGUCAAACACAUGUCAAGUUUUGCUGGUGUUUGGUGGGAUCCCACUGGUGAAUGUAAAGCGUUGCACGAGAUGAAUCAAGUGAGAGUUCCAUUUGUUCGAGAUGGAUUAGUAACAAAUGGAACUCCAGAAUAUUGGAGAGAAGGUCAAACAUCGGAUGCAUUGGAAGGAUAUAAAAUACUUGAUGUUGGUUGCGGUGCGGGAGUUUUAUCAGAACCACUUGGAUAUUUUGGAGCUGAAGUUGUUGGAAUUGAUCCAGCAGAAGAUCUUAUCAAAACAGCUGAAGAUCAUCUUUCGAGCCAAAAUGCCGACAUUAAAGUUUCCUAUUCGUGUGAGCUAAUUGAAGAUCACAUUAAAAAAAAUGCUGAAAAAUAUGACGCAGUUGUGGCUAGUGAAGUUGUUGAACACAUUGCUGAUAAAAAAGCUUUCUUGAAGUCGUGUGUUGAAGCAUUGAAACCUGGUGGUUCUAUUUUCAUCACAACUAUUAGUAGAAAUUGGUUUGCAUGGCUUUGUGCCAUCAUAUUUGGAGAAUUCAUCCUUGGUUUAUUACCAAAAAAUACUCACAUCUAUGAACAAUUUAUAAGCCCUUCAGAAGUCACAGAAAUACUUGAAGAGAUGAAUUGUCGAACAGUCAAAGUUAUUGGCUUUCGUUAUGAAUUUUUCAGAGGCAUUUUUAAAUUUCAAUCGAACACCAGCAUUGAAUAUGGACUUCAAGCCAUCAAACAAUCUAAUAGAAAGAAAUGAUUUCUAUACUGGAUUUUUACUAAGUUUCUGUUUCUAAUAAUUUUUUUCAUAAGUGUACAAAAGAAUUCGAAAUUUGCAUCCUAUCAAUUCUUCACAAAAGAACUUAAAGAUUACUUAGUGCUAAACUGUUUAUGAAGUUUUUCAGGUAAAGUGUUUGCUAUUUAUUAUUUCAGUUAUUUCGUAAAAAUUUUUGACUUCGAUAUUGCGUAAUAUUAUUGCGCAAUUUGAUAUUUUAUUUAGAUAUGCGCAAAUAACUAAGUUGAAGGUUAUUAGUAACACAUGUGAGAAUGAACCUUUUCUAAAGAUAUUUUGAUAUCAAAUGUCAUAGAGACGCAAUUUAAUUAAUACAAAAAAAAUUUUUAGCUGACACUUGCUUCAUCCGGAAGAUUUUCAGGAAAUUUCAAGUUCUUUCAUAAUUUUAACUUAAACAUCUAAAAUUUUAAAAAGGUUAUUGGAAACUAUUGAAAUAAAAUUUAAGCUCGAUG